UUCAUUUUGUAAUUAAGUAGAAAACCUUGCUUUUGUUAGUUAAAGAAACGUUAAGGAUAUAUAAGCUGUUGUUUGAAAGAGAUCAUAAAAACAUUCACAGGGAAAGGACUCGAGCAAUAGAAGAUAAUAUUCAAUGAUUUCACUUGGGGUUUCAUGAUUUCACAGUGGUGUAGUCACCUUUUUUCAUGGUUGAUAGUAAUUCAAAUUUACAGGGCUAAUGGUGUGAAAGUGUAUAAUCAACCAAAAUCUGGAGAAGAAUAGCCAGUGAUGUGGUGGAGUCUUUAACAGUCAAUGAGCUGUGUAUAUCCUACUCUAUAGUUGAAGAAUGUCUGGAGAUAUAGGCUUCGUUACAGCACAAUUUAAAUCUCUGACCAAAACAGCAAUACUCGAGAAGGAGAGGAUUGAAGAAGAAGAGGCUGUUGUCACUGCUUGCUUCAUUUGCAAGAGAAGAGGUCAUUUAGCCAAAGAUUGUCCGAAUGCUAAAACACAGAUACUACAAGCCCAAUCUUGUGAAUUUUGUUUAAAAUGCGGUGACACGGGACAUGAUAUGUUCACUUGUAAAGAUGGUUAUUCCUCUACUGAUCUUGAGAAAAUUCAAUGCUGGGUUUGCAAAGCUUUUGGCCAUCUUUUAUGCGUAGACUACAAAGAUUAUGGACCAAAACAAGUAUCUUGCUACAACUGUGGGAAGCUUGGUCAUUUAGGUUCAGAUUGCUUAAAUUUACGUGGGAACAUUCGGUUAGCUUCUCGUAGCUGCAAGAAAGGCGGGACUGGUCCCUCCUGCAGUGAAGGCAAUAAUGCAGCAGAUCAUACAUUGCAAGACGAAAAGAAAGGAGAUAAAUAUCUUUUAUGUGAAGACAGAGAAUCUGCGAAGGUCCAGGAUCUUCUUCAGCAAAUGGUGAGUCUACAACCCCUGGAGAGAAGUGAUGUCUUAGGCUCUGAAGUGGCUUCCAAGAAGAUUAGCAGAUCGAGAUGGAGGAAGCGCAAGAGACGACAAAGGAGAACUGUAAGAAUAGCUGAAGAUGGAAGAAUGGAAAAUGGCAGUCAGUGUGGCAUGCGACAGGAAUACCAGUCUUCGGAAGAAGCAAAACCAAAUGUGUUGUUGAAACCGGCAGCAACGUAACAUUGAGGCACCAUUAUGAUGGUGUUUACUUUGGUGGACAAAGUACUAUGCAAUUUCAGUCAUCAUCUGAGCUUCAUAUAUCAAAUGUUUGGGUGAACCCUACAACUUUCAUGAAUCAUAUUAGUGGAUGCUCACACCACCCAGCUCGCUAAACCAAUGUCCACAACAAAUUUUCGUUCAGGAGAGCAGAAUUGAAAAUUCAACUAUUCUGCAAUGAUCUAUACGGAAGGUUCCUAACAAGAAGCAACUAUAACUCAAAACAGUUGAAGGCCCAGUACUGUUCUGUUUACUUUCUGAUUAAUUGCAUUAGCCGGCAGUAACAAAAUCACAGGAAACCUAUUACCUUGACAAUUGAAGGAUACUGUGAAAGCGCAAGGUGGUUGAGAAUACAGCGAGCCUUUGAUUUUCAAAUUAGUUAACAUUUGUUUGUCAAUCAAAAAAAGAAAAGUUAUUUAGUUAGUUUAAGGAAUAAUCACUGUUUCUACAUUAAGUUCCUUGAGAAAGCACCGCAAAACACCAUUAAGGAGCAUAGUUCAAGUUGUAACCAAGCAGGUAUAAAUUUUACUAACAAUCCUUGUUUCAAAGAGUGCUACGAUUUGUUUAUUCUCACAUUGUCAUCUGGUUCUGCCAGUCUUUUUAAUCGGCUGGUAAAUUAACUGUCUAUACACUUUUUCCUUUGGAUGAUGAAGAAAGUUAGUUUUCUUGUG